UCUCCCUCCCGUCCGCCCCCUCCUGUCCCGUCCCGCCCCCAGCGCCCCUCAGCCGCCGGACGCGCCAUUCGGCCGGCUGCAGCCGCAUCGCUGGCCCUCCGCCCGCCCAGCCCCGCUCGUACCAUGUCUUCCGAGGUGGCGCGGCACCUGCUCUUUCAGUCUCACAUGGCAACAAAAACAGCGCAUAUGUCCACACAAGUAUUUGACAAUGAAGAGAAACAAAAAAAAGAAAAUCCUCGUUCUUUAGCCAUGUCUGGCCAUGUUGGUUUUGAGAGUCUGCCUGAUCAGCUGGUCAACAGAUCAAUUCAGCAAGGCUUCUGCUUUAAUAUUCUCUGCGUGGGGGAGACUGGAAUUGGAAAAUCAACGCUGAUUGACACACUAUUUAAUACGAAUUUUGAAGACCAUGAAUCCUCACAUUUUUACCCACAUGUUAGACUUAAAGCACAGACAUAUGAACUCCAGGAAAGUAACGUUCGAUUGAAAUUGACCAUCGUGAAUACAGUGGGAUUUGGUGACCAAAUAAACAAAGAAGAGAGCUACCAACCAAUUGUUGACUACAUCGACGCUCAGUUUGAGGCCUAUCUCCAAGAAGAGCUGAAAAUCAAACGCUCCCUCUUUAACUACCACGACUCUCGCAUCCACGUGUGCCUCUACUUCAUCUCCCCGACAGGCCACUCUCUGAAGACACUGGAUCUCUUGACCAUGAAAAGCCUGGACAGCAAGGUGAACAUUAUACCAGUGAUUGCCAAAGCAGAUGCAAUUUCUAAAACUGAAUUACAGAAGUUUAAGAUCAAGCUCAUGAGUGAAUUGGUCAGCAAUGGUGUUCAGAUAUACCAGUUCCCAACAGAUGAUGAAACUAUUGCUAAAGUCAAUGCUUCAAUGAAUGGACACUUGCCGUUUGCUGUGGUAGGAAGUAUGGAUGAGGUGAAAGUUGGAAAUAAGAUGGUCAAAGCUCGCCAGUACCCUUGGGGCAUCGUACAAGUGGAAAAUGAAAACCACUGCGACUUUGUCAAGCUCCGGGAGAUGCUCAUUUGUACGAACAUGGAGGAUCUGCGAGAUGAGACGCACACGAGGCAUUACGAGCUGUACCGGCGCCGCAAACUGGAGGAGAUGGGCCUCACAGACACGGGCCCAGAGAACAAGCCGCUCAGUCUUCAGGAGACCUACGAAGCCAAAAGACACGAAUUUUAUGGUGAACGUCAGAGGAAGGAGGAAGAAAUGAAGCAGUUGUUUGUGCAGCGUGUGAAGGAGAAAGAAGCCGUAUUGAAAGAAGCUGAGAGAGAGCUCCAGGCCAAGUUUGAGCACCUUAAGAGAGUACACCAAGAGGAGAAGCUGAGGCUUGAGGAGAAGAGAAGACUUCUGGAAGAAGAAAUAAUCGCCUUCUCUAAGAAGAAAGCUACCUCCGAGAUAUACCAAAGCCAGCCCUUUAUGACCCAGGGUGGUAACGUGCGGAAGGACAAGGACCGCAAGAACUCCAAUUUUAUGUAAAACAAAGGUUCCACAUCACAGAAGAUCAUCACAAGCAAAGUUAUUAAACUGUGAGAAGUA